AGAGCCAUGGUGGCGGCUGCGGGAGUCGCAGCGGUGAGAGGGGCCGAGGAAACAGAAAAUUCUACUGUUCUGCCAUAAUCCUGUGUACAACAUGGGUGACAAUGACCCAGAAAAAGGCAAACUUGUCUCUGGGAAUAACAAUGUUACGUUUUAUGAAACCGAAGAUGAUGAAGAGGAGGUGACAAGAGAGGACAAAAUGGGAUUUUCUGGUAGAAAUGGUCUGGUUACUCCUUCCUCUGGGACUGUAUAUGACCGGACAACUGUACUGAUAGAACAGGACCCAAUUGGUUUAGAAGAAGAGGAUGAGGAUGAAGAUGAAGGCAGAAACAAUAAUAACUUGGUGUCAUUUUUAUCUGGAAGUGGAGAGGACAACUUUUAUUUGAUAUCGGAUCCCGAUGGAAUGUCACAGGGUUAUGUCCAUCACACCAUUUCUCCUGAUCAGAUUCAGUUCACGAUUAAUCCAGGAUCCACCCCCAUGCCCAGGAACAUAGAAGGCGCCACACUCACUCUACAGUCGGAGUGUCCAGAAACCAAGGUUAAAGAGGUAAAACGAUAUCAGUGCACGUUUGAAGGGUGUCCACGUACAUACAGCACAGCAGGAAACCUGCGGACACAUCAGAAGACUCAUCGUGGUGAAUAUACAUUCGUUUGUAAUCAGCAGGGCUGCGGCAAGGCCUUUCUCACAUCUUACAGCCUAAAAAUCCACGUCAGAGUCCACACAAAAGAAAAGCCAUUUGAGUGCGAUGUGCAAGGUUGUGAAAAAGCAUUUAACACACUCUAUCGGCUGAAAGCCCAUCAGAGGCUUCACACAGGGAAAACAUUUAACUGUGAAUCAGAAGGCUGCACUAAGUACUUUACUACACUCAGUGACCUAAGGAAACAUGUACGGACCCAUACAGGAGAGAAGCCAUUUAGGUGUGAUCAUGAUGGCUGUGGGAAGGCCUUUGCUGCUAGUCACCAUCUCAGAACGCACGUCAGAACACACACAGGUGAGCGACCCUUCUUGUGCCCCAGUGAUGGCUGUGAGAAGACUUUUAGUACGCAAUAUAGUCUUAAGAGUCACAUGAAGGCUCAUGACAAAGAGAAUCCAUUUAUUGUGUCUAAUCAGAGUUCCAUGAAUGAGGAGACAAGCCAGUCACUUUGCCUAAGUGAUUUGAGUUUGAUAUCUACAGAUUCAGAACUCCGAGAAAGUUCACAGUUGACUUCAGGACGGGAUCUAAGCACUAUUUCAGCAGAAAGUAUAUUUGAAUCCAUGUUUAACAAUAUCGAUAGCUGUACCAGCCAUGAUGGCUCACAGCAGACAGAUGGAAUGAUUGGAAUGCCAGGGACGUAUAGCAGUGAUGCACAACCUGCAGCCAUUGUUAACACUGCUCUAGGAGAUUCUGGAUCGUUGUUGUCUUUUCCCAUCCCUCUUCAAACCAUGGCACAGUCAAAUGUUGAGAACCAUUCCCAGCAAGCAACAGGCCCCCUUUCAACUUCAUUGGAUGCUUUGGCUACUAACGCUCCCCAGACGACAUUUGGGAAUCCCACCAGCAUUUUGCAGACACCUCAAGUGCCUGUCCCAGCCAUGACUCAAUUCUCAAGCACUCAGCAAGAAUUCAGCCAACCUACUCCAACGCUUCCACCCCCACCUCAAGGACUUCCAGCUAUGUCAAGUAAUGGCCUACCUUCAUCUGGCAACACGGAGUCAGGGCCAUCCAUGGUACAAACUGUGCCUUUGGGUACAAACACUUCUGGUAUAACUAUUACUCCAUCACAGAGCACCACUAUUUUACAACCCAGCAUUGUAAUGGCAGACCAGAACCUGCAAUGGAUCAUUAAUGGAGCCAGCACUGUUCAGCAGAACACAGAGACAACGCAUCAGGGGCCUAAAGUUGAAAAAGUAUUUUUUACUACAGCCAUACCAGUCGCUGGCAACACAGGAAACCCAGUGCAGCAAAUAGGGUUAAGCGUCCCGGUCAUAAUAAUCAAGCAAGAGGAGUCUUGCCAGUGCCAGUGUGCCUGCCGGGAUUCAGCGAAAGAAAAAGCAUCCAACAGCAAGGAAACUCCAUCGUCGGAAGCUGGUUCUUCCCAAAAGCCCCCUAGUCAGGAGCAGACACUGCUGUCAUCUCAGACUUUCCCUUCUAAUGCUGAUGGAAGCAGUCAGGCCACACAACAGCCUUUGCAGACAGACCCUCCAACAGACUUGAACAAUAUGGAUAUGUCUGCAUUUCUUUCUCUCGAGAGUCCUGGGACCCCUUCAAAUCUGUGUGGUAUAGAGGCGAAUGACAUUUAGGCACUGCUGCAAAAGGUGAAAAAAAGAAGAUAGACUUGAACAGCUUCUCCAAGUAAAGUUGCUUGCAUGGCUGUUUCUCUGGAUUAAUUUUCAAAGAAAUUUCCAUCUUUUACUAAUGCAGGGUUU